AUGGAAUCGAACCAGGCGCAGCCCAACCUAUUUUGCUCCCCAGAAGCCUUUCAGUCUCAGAGAACACUGAACCCUUACGUGACUGGCACGUCUGUUGUGGCUCUGAAAUACAAAGAUGGAGUUUUGAUGGCUGCAGAUAUGGGGGGUUCAUAUGGAUCCACUCUCCGAUACAAAAGCAUCGAACGAAUGAAGCCUAUCGGAAAGCAUUCUCUCAUCGGUGCAAGUGGAGAAAUAAGUGAUUUCCAGGAGGUGCUACGUUAUCUUGACGAGCUCACCAUGCAGGACAACAUGUGUGAUGAUGGAAACUCUUUGGGACCUAAAGAGAUCCACAGCUACUUGAGCAGUGUGAUGUACAACAGGCGUAACAAGUUUGAUCCGCUGUGGAACUCGUUUGUCCUUGCUGGAGUGAAGAAGAAACCUGGAGUUGAUGAUAAGAGAGAGACAUACCUUGGACUGGUUACUAUGAUAGGUGUGAACUUUGAGGACGAUCAUGUCGCUACGGGAUUCGGAAACCACCUUGCGAGGCCUAUCCUUCGUGAUGAAUGGCGUGAGGACUUGAGUUUCGAAGAGGGUGUUAAGCUUCUGGAGAAAUGCAUGCGUGUGCUUUUGUAUCGUGAUAGGUCUGCUGUAAACAAGCUUCAGAUAGCUAACAUCACCGAAAAAGGUUUAACAAUCUCUCAGCCUUACUCCUUGAAGACUUUCUGGGGUUUCUCUGCUUUCCAAAAUCCAACAGCAGGUGCUCAAGGAUCAUGA